UGAAGUUCUGCGCAACGAACAACUAAUCACAAAGACUAUAGACAGCAACUUACAUCAGUUAGACACAAUGGGUAAACACGGUAAAACAAAGACUACCAGCAAGGGCGCCCAGAGACCUGCUCCUUAUCAAAAGAAGGCCAAGGUUGAUGUGACCUUUGACACUGGCGUGAAACCUUCCAAGGCUGAGAAUAAGCCCAAAGCUACGAACGGAAAAGCGAAGAAGGACAAGGAGACCUCCAAACCUUCCAAGGCCAAGCAGCCUAAGGAAAAGAAGGAGGAGACCGCCAAGGUCUCGUCACCAAAGCCUACCAAGUCCGACAAGGGCAAGGGCAAGUCCAUUCUCCCUCCAACUGUUGGACCUUCAACAUUCAUUGUUAUUGCGGGUUCCUACGAGAAACUCUUAUAUGGAUUGGAAGGUUCCUACCCAACUGGAUCUACCGCUCCCGUCCUCGAGCCUAUCUUCAUCUUUCCAGCUCAUUUGGCAUGUGUCAAAGCCGUUGCGGCGAGUCCUGGCGGUAAAUGGCUGGCUACUGGAAGUGAAGACGAGUUUGUGAAAGUUUGGGACUUGAGAAGAAGGAAGGAGGUUGGUAGUCUGAGUCAGCACACAGGAUCAAUAACAUCGCUUCAUUUCCCUACCCCUUCUCACCUUUUGACCACAUCUGUUGAUUCUACUCUAUCGCUCUUCCGUACUUCUGAUUGGUCGCUUCUCAAGUCACUCAAGGGUCACUCCGGAAGGGUCAAUCAUGUUGAUGUGCAUCCAACGGGAAGGGUUGCUCUAAGUGUUGGAAAGGACCAAACUUUGAAGAUGUGGGAUUUGAUGAGAGGUCGAGGAGCGGCGAGUCUGCCUCUGGGAAGUGAGGCGGAGCUCGUCAAGUUCUCUCAACAAGGCACCCAUUUUGCUGUUCUCUUCCCCAGAAAGAUCCAAAUCUACUCGCUCACCUUGAAACUCCUGUACACCCUCGAGACAAAGUCUCGUUUCAACCACCUUCUUUUCCAUCUUCUCCCUGCCUCUACGGAGGAUGGCGAAGAGACUGAGGUGCUUUGUAUCGGUACUGAGAAAGGUGUCGUCGAGAUCUAUCGAAUAACAUUGGGUGAAGGGGAGGAGUCUGAAGACGAAGAGGACGAUGACGAGGAGAUUGAAAAGGAAACCAAGGGCAAGGGGGCCGAAUUGGAGAGAAUCGCCACGCUUGUUGGACACACGAACCGAGUGAAGGCCAUUUCAUCACUUCCUUUCCUCGCACCUACCUCUACAGGGGAUGUGCGCAAGACAAUCCUCCUCACAACUGUCUCGUCUGACGGUCUCAUCAACGUCUACGACCUCUGUGCGGCUACCACCGAUAUCGAAAAGGGAGAAGAGAACAAGGUUGAACCCGUUGCAUCUUACGAUACCAAGGGUACUCGAUUGACCUGUGUUUACCUUGCUGAUGGACAAGAUGGAACCAAGGAGAUCAAGGUCAAAGAGGAAGAGAUCAGUGAGAGCGAGGACGAGGUUGAGGACAUCUAUGGAAGCGAACAAGCGAGUGACGAUGAUGAAGACGACGACGGGAUGGAGGUCGAAUUCGAGGAUGAAGAAGAGGAAAUUGAGGGUGAAGAAGAGUAGGCAAUUUGCAUGCGUACCAGACAGACCGCGCUACAUAGCAGUGCAUAUACACAACUACAUACAUAUAGAGAGAGAGUCGGGAAGGAAAAGCAGUAAGCAACGGGGUAGUCAUCUGCCACAUGUAUGAAUAAGUCGGCGUUUGCGGCGAUAUGG